AUGAAGACCCUGACGGUGCUUUGCCUACUGCUAUUUUGCAGGCUCUGCAGUGUUAGUGCUACUGGUCGUCUCGGUAGUGGUAGUUGCUGCGGCAAUAAAGGCAAGGAGGCUCAGCAAAGUCCAGCACAAAAUGGAGAUCAAAGUGGUGGUUUAGAAAAUGGUUGUGACCAAGAUGGAGAUGGAGGCAAUACUGAGCUUGCCCAGUCUGACGUGUCUAACCUGCAGGAAGAGGAUGCAGAGCAACAGAAUCCUCCGGAACCUACAACUCCACUUUCCUUUGAUGUGUCAAACCCAGAUGGCACCAAUACAAAUCUUAAAGAGCAAACGUACUCUGGAAUUGAGCACAAACAAUAUUCUCCGAAAGGUGGUAACCAUGUCUCCUCUGUUGUUGAUGCUGGAGCUACUCUAUGGGAAGAAAAUGAAGGUGAAAAAUGCACGGCAGUUAAUUUGUACUACAAGAGUGAUGAAUCCUUUCUAACUUUAUGGAUCCUUAGAGGAGAAUCUCUAGACAUUCAGCAUUUUGAAAGGGUGAAAGGCAAAUGGGAGACGAUAGAGCUUGAAGAAUAUAACAAAAAGUUGAAUGGAGUUCCUUCUACUCCACCUACUGAGACUCCUACUAGCUCUGACUCUGAAGAUCCUAAAGCAGCCGAACAGGAAACUACAACUGUGACAACAGAAGUUGAGACUUUAUCUACACCAGUGCAAAGGAAUGAGGAUAAUGUGGAUGAACCAGAGAAUAAGGAGGAUGUAGAAGCUACAACAUCUCAAGCGGAUACUCAGCAAGUGCCCCCUCAAGUACCGGAUACUCCAGAAUCUAGAAUAUCUCAAAAGCCUGUAAAUUUCCCAAACGAUAAAACUCCGGAGCAAGUUAAAGACAAAGAGGUUCAGGAACUCAACAAGCCUGCCAGAGAUGUUUCCGGACGCAGCUCUGUUACCACUACUGGUUCAUCUCCCGAGGAUGCAGAGAAGCCACUCAGUUCACAAACUACUACCACACUUCCAAGGUCCAGAUACACAGAUCCUUCGAGAGCUCCUCAAACUCGUGAUUCUGGUGAAACGGUUACUGCUCAAGGUGGAACUUCAUCUACUGUCGCCACAAGGACUGGUACUAAUUCUGCUGUUAGAGGAUCACUUUACGGUGUUUCUGAAGAUGGUGUGCCAGGUUCUGAUACUGAUAAAGAAUUACUGGCAAAGGCCCUGGAACGCACGGAUGAGACUAAGCAGAAUGUUUAUCAAACCGGCGAUGGUUAUACUGUAAAAUACGAGUAUAUAGAAGACAAUGUUCGUGUACCAGAACAACAACAAAAAUCUACCUUUACAAAGGUGUAUAGAGGACGUUAUUCUGUUACCUUGCAGAAUCCACCACCUGCGGCUACAAAAUAUACGACUAGGAACUACGCACUUGGAAGAGCGUCCAGAAACUAUCUUGAUAAACACGGAAGAUUUGUGCCACCUACCACCUCCUCCACUUCUACAAACGGAUUGUCUAGUAGAAGGCCUAGUACUGAUUCCAACGUCGGACGUCGUGUUGCAACAACAGAUCCGUCUGGUAAUCUUGUCUACCGUUCAGAAUCCAGUGCACCAAGGAACUAUGGAGUUAAGCCUCCUCCAGUGGAACCUACAAAGCCAGGAGCAAUUCCUAGAGCAACCAUCGAAAGGCGGACCAUCAGUAAGCCUUUAUCAGACGUUUUUAAUAAAAGGACUGUUGUAGUGGAUAAACCUGUCUCUCAGGAUGAAUUGGAUACAUCUCACGAUGCCAAGGACCAAAGGGGAAGAAUGAUUAAAGACAAAGAAUCUGACUAUAAUACAUCUGAGGAGCUUGAAGAAACCAUAAACUUUACUGGAAGCGAGCAAAACAAGCAAACGUUUACAAAGACUAGACGAUCUUCUACCAGUAGCAUGAAUGAGACGCAGUCCACUAAUAUAGCUAGACGUCAUGUCGGACAAACAAAUCAGACUAGGGCAGUUGCUACUACUACUAGAUCUGGAAGACGUGUUUAA